AACCCAGAAGCAAGUUCCUCUUUAAGAGUAGCUCCUCCCAUUUUCCAAUACCACCCUACUAGAGCGUUGAUUCAGGGAAGUAUUUUUUCUUUCAAACUGCUCAGACGUUUUGGACAAGACUUAAAUCUACAGAAAAGAGGAAGAUCACAAAAAGGUAACCAUGGUGAAGAAAGUGGCCAUCAUUGGAGCAGGCAUCAGUGGCCUGGCCUCCAUCAGGAACUGCCUAGAAGAGGGACUGGAACCCACCUGCUUUGAGAAGGGCGAAGACGUUGGGGGCCUGUGGAAAUUCUCAGACCAUGUAGAAGAAGGCAGGGCCAGCAUUUAUCGGUCAGUCUUUACCAACUCUUCCAAAGAGAUGACAUGUUUUCCAGACUUCCCAUUUCCUGAUGAUUUUCCUAACUUUAUGCACAACAGCAAGCUCCAGGAAUAUAUUACUAUGUUUGCCAAAGAAAAGAACCUCCUGAAAUACAUACAAUUUAAGACAAUUGUAUCCAGUGUAAAUAAGCGUCCCGAUUUCCCAACCACUGGCCAAUGGGAUGUUAUCACUGAAAAGGACGGUAAAAAGGAAUCAGCUGUCUUUGAUGCCGUAAUGAUUUGUUCUGGACAUCAUGUGUACCCCAACAUACCUAAAGAGUCCUUUCCAGGAAUAAAACUUUUUAAAGGCAAAUGCUUCCAUAGCCGGGACUAUAAAGAACCAGGAAUCUUCAAGGGGAAGCGAGUUCUGGUGAUUGGUCUGGGGAACUCGGGCUGUGACAUCGCCUCAGAACUCAGCCACAUAGCCGAAAAAGUCAUCAUCAGCUCCCGAAGUGGCUCCUGGGUGAUGAGCCGGGUCUGGGAUGAAGGCUAUCCGUGGGACAUGCUGUUUAUCACUCGAUUUGAAACAUGCCUCAAGAACACCUUACCCACAGUCAUCUCUGACUGGUGGUACAUGAAGCAAAUGAACGCCAGAUUCAAGCACGAGAACUACGGCUUGAUGCCUUUAAACGGCACCCUGAGGAAAGAGCCUGUGUUCAAUGACGAACUCCCAGCUCGCAUUUUAUGUGGCAUUGUGACCAUUAAGCCAAAUGUGAAGGAGUUUACAGAAGAUUCAGCUAUUUUUGAGGAUGGGACAGUGUUUAAGGCCAUUGACUAUGUCAUCUUUGCAACAGGCUAUAGUUAUGCCUACCCCUUCCUUGAUGACUCCAUCAUUAAGAGCAGAGACAAUGAGGUCACCUUAUUUAAAGGCAUCUUCCCACCUCCACUGGAAAAGCCAACCUUGGCUGUGAUUGGCCUUGUCCAGUCCCUUGGAGCUGUCAUCCCCACUACUGACCUGCAGUCUCGCUGGGCAGUACAAGUAAUUAAGGGAACUUGCCCUUUGCCUUCUGUCAAGGACAUGAUGAAUGAUAUUGAUGAAAAAAUGGGGAAAAAGCUCAAAUUGUUUGGCAAAAGUGAUACCAUACAGACGGAUUAUGUUGUUUAUAUGGAUGAACUUGCCUCCUUCAUUGGGGCAAAGCCCAACAUCCCAUGGCUGUUUCUCACAGAUCCAAAGUUGGCAUUGGAGGUCUACUUUGGCCCUUGCACCCCAUACCAGUUUAGGCUGGUGGGCCCAGGAAAGUGGCCAGGAGCUAGAAACGCCAUCCUGACCCAGUGGGACCGGUUACUGAAACCCAUGACGACAAGAGUGGUUGGGAGUCCUCUGAAGCCUUGCUUAUUUUGCAACUGGUUCAGACCUGUUCUUAUUUCUGUUGUAUCAAUUGCUGCUCUCAUUGUGUUGUUCUAGCCAUCACUCUAUCUAGGAUUCUGAACAUUACUAACAAUACCUGGAAAGAAGCUUCACUAUAUAAAAAUUAAGAAUUUCACACCUUCUAUUUUCCUAUUCAGUGGGCAUUAGUAAAACAGUACUAUCUCUAGGCUUCUAAAUAAGCCCAUAUGAGAAUCAUGUCAUGAUCUAAAGAGCAUUUAUCAUUUCCCCUUAACUUUCACUAACAUUUCAUAAUUCUAUAACAUUUCCAUAACAUUUUAUAGUUAGAUAUAUGCUUUUUAACUUAACUCAUCUGAAAUAUUUGACAUGAUUCCUUUUCUCCUAUAACAGUCUUUGAAAUACGUAUUUCAAAUCUAAACAGCGAGUAAAUUAAGCAGAAUAGUCUCAAUAUGAUAGUCUCAACCUAAUUUUACAAACUAUUCACCAGGAUCAAGGGGGAAACUUGGUUAUUUGACUAUUAUAUUCUAUUUUUGUUUUCUGCUGUGUCCUCCAGGCAAUUCCUCCUGUUCCCUGGCCGAGAAAAGUAGCAUGAAGACCCUGUCUAUAAUGAAAGUUAGCAAGAAGUAACUCAUUUUAUUUAUAUUCUCAAUAAAGAAACAAACUUUCACAUGUAGCAGCAAGAUAAGGACAACAACAACAAUGAGUGGAGCACCAAAUAUACCUUUUAACUCAAUGGAAAGUCAUAAAAAAUUAAAUCUUUAGCCAAAGCUGUGACCCAAGUCUAAUAAAACCUGAUAUGGAUCAUAUAGAAUUAUAUCCCUUAUGGAAUGUAGUACCAAAAUAAAUCUAAAAUGUUAUUUUUAAAGUAUUACUACAUGUUACAAUUAAAUUUUGAUAAUUAAAAAUGUUUACAUUUGA